AUGGGUGUAGAAAUCCACUCUGUCCAUGGAGGAACUCUGCAUCAAAUCCUGACUGUGACCCUCCCUUCCAACAAGUCGUUUAUCAUCAAGCGCAAGCUCGGAAAGAAGCAGAAGCAGAACCGCCCUCUGCCCAACUGGUGCCGCAUGCGCACCGAUAACAAGAUCCGUUACAACGCCAAGCGUCGUCACUGGCGCCGCACCAAGCUGGGUCUUUAA